CUUCCCUUUCGUGUUUUUCCCCUGUAAAAGUAAACUGGAAACAGUUAAAGGAUUACGUUGUUUUUCUCAGUUUCCACCCGAAACUACAUUUUAGGACCGCGAUAGCUGUGGAGAACCAGCACUUUACAGGGAUGGAUCCAGCUGGAAAGCUUUUACGCGUCGCACAUCUUGGAGCGUCGACGCAGAUGACAGAGUAGAAAAAUAUUUAAAAAACUUCACAGAAUAUUAGAGUAACUGCGCUCUGCGUGCGGACUGUAUCAUGAGGUACGGACUGGUGGUCCUCACUGCUGGCUUUACAGGUCUGCUCAGUUUUAGCCUCCUCGCUGUGGCUAUUGGGACUGAUUACUGGUACAUCAUCGAUGUGAAUAAACCCAACCAUACAGGUCCAGACGACCUGAGUUCACAUUCUGGACUGUGGAGAAUUAAUGAAGGAGCAAACAGGAGCUCUGUCAUCCCUUCUUUCACAGCAAAUAUGUCCAGCCUGUCAGAGGCAGAAAGGCACCUUCUUGGCUUGCACAAGGUGGUGGUCAUCAUGUUGCCCCUCAGCCUGGUCCUGCUGGUGUUUGGCUGGAUCUUUGGGCUUGUCAGUUCGUUGGCCACCAGUCCCAAAUUGCUGGCUGGAUCAGCAUCUUACUUUCUCUUCUGCAGUCUUUUUACCCUUACCGGGGUAAGCAUCUACAUCAAAUACUCCAACCAGGCCAUGGAGGAAUUCCAGCGGAUGGUGUCCCCGGAGAACCUGGCCAAUGUGGAUGUGUCCUUUGGCUGGUCCUUAGCCACAGCUUGGCUCUCCUACAGCCUGGAGGUGGCCACUGGCCUGCUGCUCAUGCUAGCUGCCAGAAUAACUCAGAUGAAGGGUCAUUAUGACUCUGGUGUGGCCAUCGCCAUGUUAUAGGUUUCCAUGACAAAGUGAAUCUAAAAACAACCCACAGGUUGGAUAGUAUAUUAUUGCUGUUGUUAUUUAUUUAUUUUAUUUUUGAAAAAAAUAGCUUUGAGGAGUAUUAUAAUACCAUCAAGUGUGUCAAGGGCCAAAACAGCAAAAUAUAGAUGCAAGCUGGCUUUACAUAACUGCAACCAUAGACACAGAUUCUGAAUAAGUGAUGCUGUUGAACAUCUGCUUCUUCAUAGUUUUCAGUGGCUUGUUGUGAUGCCUGCUGCUUUUCAUCCUUUCAGUAUGAAUUUCUGCCCAUUGUCCCAGUCUAAAAAUGGUGUUUGCAUUGUGGCCACACAAACAGAAAAAGAGGCUGCCCAUUGAGAGUGUAAUUACUACAUAAAUUAGCAGUAUUUUCUUUUUCUUUGUAGUUUGAAGUUUUUUUUAGUCAUUUCAGCCUUGU